AUGCCUUAUCCACCACCAAGGUUUUACUACCCAGAGGACGUAGGUUCACAAGUCGCUUCAGUGGAGACAGAUCCUUCUGAGGAAGUACCUGUUGAAGUCCAAGCACCAGUGGAACAAAUUGUGAUUCCAGCUCAGGAGCCAGUUGAAGAACCCAAACUUGAUGAACAUAUGGAGUUGGCUAAUCGUGUUCCUGUAGCACCGGAUUGGUGGUGCGAUGAGAAUGCUUGUUGCAGUCUUGGUUCUUUUGAUCUUCCACUAGAGUCUCUGCCAGUAGCUGAGCCACCUUUGAAGAAGCGCAGCUGCAACCAAGAUUCAGAUCGUGAUCCUGAUUCUAAUUCUGAAAAGAACUCUCAUGAGUCUGAUGCAGAGGAGGGCGAUGAUUAUGAUGUUGCAAGCCAUGAUUCUUCAAGUGAGAAGACUCCCUCUAUUGAGAUCCCCCCUGAGAAAUCUCUUGAAACCUUAUCCAGAAAGGGUAAUGAACCAGUGUUGAUUGCCUCUGAAGAAGAGGAAUCUGAUGAUAAAGAACUAAUCAAGAAACUUGCAAGAAAAAAUGCUACUGCUUCUGCAAGCAAGAAUACUACAAAUAAGAAGAAAAAAGGUUAUGGUGCUCAGACCCCCAAGACUCGAAAAGCAUCUCAGGUCCCAGUUCCUGAGAAGAAGAAAAAGAAAGAAAAGAAAGAGGAGAAGGUUGCUGCCUCUACUGGAAGGAAGAGGAAACAUGUUUCUGACACUAACUCUAAACCAGAUGUCGAGCAAGUUGUCCCAGACAUCUCUACCAGUUCAAAGAAGAGAGUCAAGGGGAAGAUGAUUCCUUUGAAUGUUCCAGAUGCACCCAUGAAUAAUGUGUCUUUCCACUCUGCUGAGUUUGCUCAGAGAUGGAAAUUUGUUUUUCAGAGGAGAGUUGUUGUUGAAAGAGAAUUGAGUGAAGAAGCCUUAAGCUACACUAAGAUCAUGACUAUUAUUGAACAGGUUGGGUUGAUGAAGACUGUGACUGGACUUGGUAAGUGCUUUAUUCAACUGGUAAGGGAAUUCACUGUCAAUAUUCCCUCUGAUUGUGAUAAUGAGGAUAGUGCUGAGUAUAGAAAGAUGUUUGUGAGAGGAAAAGACAUUGAUUUCUCUCUUGAAGUGAACAAUACCUAUUUGGGCAGAAGCCCUGAUGCUGUGACUGAUGAGGAGUCUGACUUGGACAGGGUUGCUAACACCCUUACUGGGAAGAACUGCAAACUAGAUGGCUACUCAACAUCUCUCUGGAGUGACUCCACCCCUGGCCAAAAGCUUUACCUGAUUGGCACAAGAGGUGAUUUUGAUUUUGGUAGUCUUGUUUAUGAGCAGACUCUCAAGCAUGUUGGUUCUUUUGCUGUGAAGCUGCCUAUUUUGUUUCCUUGUGUUCUCUUUAGGCUCAUUUUGCAACAACAUCCCAUCAUUCUGAGGGCUGAUGAACCUCUAGGAAGUUUCCAAGACACUACAAGACACUAUACAGGCUUGCAGGUGAGGAAAAUUAAUAUUGAUCAACUGAUCAAAGCCCUGACUGGGGUUCAUGCUGUUGAUGAGGAAGAAAAGGUUGAAGAGGAAGCUGAGAAUGCUGAGGAUGAAAUUGCUGCUGUUGAAGAAGAGGAAGCUCAAUAUGAAACUAAUGGAGAAGAAGACAGUGAGUCUGAAAAAGAAGAAGAAGAGUCUGAUGGAGAAGAAAAGGAGGAUGUAACCGGUUCUACCAGUUCUGCCUCGCUACUAUGGCUCAAUUUCCUGGAUAGGUUUCUUCAUAUGAUCUUCACUGAGCGUUUGCCAAAUUGUGCUAAUAAUGGGGAGUAG